AUGAAAUGGUGCGUGUGCGUGUUGUCCUUCUUUGCUGCCUCGACCGCAGUGCUCUACUACUUAAUUCUGUUAGAGGAGAACCAAAAAUCUCCUGUAGAACAUUUGAGACCUUCCUUCGACAAGCACUACAGACUUUUCGGGGGCGACGAGAACGUCAACAGAGUUUUGCGUCGUAUUGGAGUAAACCCGAUGAAUGUGCACUUAGGCUACUCGGUACCAGAAGUCGUUGUGUUAAAAGCCGAGGACGAUGUGUACUCGUUAACACAAUACUACCAAUUGACAAAAGUGGAGUUACGGUUCAAACUUGGAGAGGAGUUCGAAGAAACUUGUGUUCACAAUGGUGGGUCCUUAAGAUCUGUUAUAACACAGUUCAAGAACAACCUGACCCAUGUUCAGAUCAGAGAGGGAAAUAGAUUCCCUCUAAUUACUAGAAGGGUGUUCAAAGCUGAAGAGUUGGUAGUGGAAUUGAGAGUUGGAGAUUUGGCGAGCUCCUUAGUUUAUUUACCUGUUAGAGAAGAGACUUGA